UCAGCUCAAGCAGGUGGUCGUGAUCAGACAAUGGAUACUAGCACUAAACCAAAUACGAUAUUGCAAAAUAGUGCUGCUCUUUCUGCUAAUAGUGGGGAAGAAAAUAAGGGAAAUAAUAAGAGGAGAGCGGUUGGAAAGAUGAGAAAAGCGAGUAGGCCGAGGUUCGCCUUUCAGACGAGGAGCGCCGACGAUAUUCUUGACGAUGGCUAUCGCUGGAGAAAAUAUGGACAGAAAGCUGUGAAGAACAGUUCAUAUCCCAGGAGCUACUAUCGGUGCACGCAUCACACAUGCAAUGUGAAGAAACAAGUGCAGAGGCUAUCCAAGGACACAAGCAUCGUUGUGACAACAUACGAGGGAAUUCACAAUCAUCCAUGUGAGAAACUCAUGGAAACCCUAACUCCACUCCUCAGGCAAAUGCAGUUCCUCUCUAGGUUCUAA